GUCCUUAUAUUUGGAAGCACAGUUGGCUACAAAAGAAAGAGUUUUUGCUAAAUUGUCUACUUAUAUAUAACAACACAUCAAUAGCACAACAGUUACCUGUUUUUAUUAUUAGAGAGACCAUAUAUAAUUACAAACAAAUAAAAGAGAGAAUUCAGUUUGCUUUCUUCAUAUUCAUAUAUACAUAUUUUGUGACUGUUUGAUUGAAAUAAAUCAAGAUGGGAUACUGGAAAGCAAAAGUUCUUCCAAAGAUCAAGAUGAUCUUCGAGAAAAAUGGACCCAAGAAGGCUGCUGCUGCUGAGGCAUCCAAGACUUUUGAUGAAACUAAGGAGCAGUACAACAAGGAGUUCGAAGAAAAGAAGGCUGAGCUUCAACCCAAAGUAGUUGAAAUUUAUGAAGCUGCUGCAGUUGAGAUCAAGACUUUAGUGAAGGAACCAAAGGAUGCAGGACUUAAGAAACACUCAGCUGGAGUCCAAAAAUUCCUUGAUGAGCUUGUCAAAAUCGAAUUUCCGGGAUCGAAAGCAGUAAGUGAAGCAAGCUCAAACUUUGGGCCUUCAUAUGUAUCCGGCCCAAUUCGCUUUGUGUUCGAGAAAGUAUCAACAUUUAUAGUCAUCCCAGAAGAAGAGAAGAAGAAAGAAGAGGAACCAGCACCUGUUGACGUGGCACCUGCUGAUGUGGAAGCAACAACUGCCACAUCAGCUGAAGAGGUGGAGGUGAAGGAGAAAGACAUAGUUGUUGAAGCAGCAGAAUCAAAGAAAGAAGAGGAAUCAGCACCUGCUGAUGUGGCACCCGUUAAGGUGGAAGAAGUACCUGCACCUGCUGAUGUGGCACCUGUCAAGGUGGAAGCAGCACCAGCAGCUGCAGCUGCAGCAGCACCAGCACCAUCAAAGGCUUAGAAAGGUAGUCAAACGCAUUAAAACUUUCAUUAUGCAUGGGGCGUCGAACCACCAAUGGCUUGAUGAAUAUAAAUACUUCAAUUCAUCUUUGUGUCAAAGUUGCAUGUUUAUUUUUUUUUAAUUUUAUUUUUACUUUUUCCAUGUUUCAUGGUUAUUACUGCGAGAAAGAAGACAAAAACUUGAUUUAUUAUUCUUUUGUUAGUGUUCUCUGCUCGUUAUUUCUUUCGGUAGUUUGUACAAUACUAUUUCAACAGUGUCUUGUGUAAUUUUUUUUCUCAAACUUAUUCCAUUUGAUUCUUCAAUACUAUAAUAAGAUGUAUAAGUUGAUUUGAUUUAUCA